AUGCCCCCCGACCAGCCCGAUGAGACAUGGAUCGACGUAGAUGACUCUCACCAGGAGGACUACCCCAGCGACAGCCACUCCUUCACCACCUCUAUCGCCUCCUCCGUUCAAGACUACAGUUUCGAGAACGGCCGCCGAUACCAUGCUUACCGAGAAGGCGAAUACCCCUUUCCCAACGAUGAAGCCGAGCAGGAUCGCCUCGACAUGGUGCACUACAUCUUCCGCAUGGCCUUGCAGGGGAAGCUCUACCAAGCACCGUUGCGCGGACCCGUCCGCCGCAUCCUCGACCUCGGCACGGGCACGGGGAUCUGGGCUAUCGAGAGCGCAGACGAGAUGCCGCAGGCCCGCGUGCUGGGGAAUGAUCUGAGUCCGAUCCAACCUACCUGGUUCGCUGCCGACGCCGCCGCACUGCUAGAAUCCUUGUACUUCAUCAUCGACGACAUCGAAGCCCCCUGGCCCUACUCCCCCGCCGAGGCGUUCGACUUCAUUCACCAGCGCAACAUGGUUGGCUCCAUCGCCGACUGGAACGGUCUCUUCGCCCAGGCGCACCAGCAUCUCGUGCCCGGCGGAUACUACGAGAUCCAAGAGUUCCGGGUGGACUUCCAGUCCCAGGCGCGACGCGGGCCCACUCUGCCCGAGAGCUCCAGCAUCGCGCGGUGGCAGCGGUCCCUUCAAGAGGCGUCGAGCCGCUUCGGCAAGCCCAUCAACGUCGUGCACACGCUGGCCGACACGCUGCGCCGCAACGCCUUCGUCGACGUCACCGAGGAGGUCAUCAAGAUCCCCAUCGGCGCGUGGGCCCGCGACCCCAAGCUCAAGCGGCUCGGGGUGCUCAUGCAGGGCCAUGCGAUCGACUCGGUCGAGCCCCUGACCAUGGCGCUUUUUACAAGGGUGCUGGGCUGGUCGGAGGCCGAGUGUCGUGCGCUGAUCGCCGAGGUGCAGGCGGAGUUCUCGGCCAGUCCGGAGCGGCAGCAGUUGUUUGUCGAGUUGCAUGUUAUUCAUGGGCGGACGCCGUGCUCGGGGGUGUGA